AGCUCAGAAUAACUAUGAAAAACAGACAAUAAAUCAGCUGGGAAUCAGCGUGUCUGUCAUGUGAAAUGUCUGUCAAGGAAAUUCAAAAAACAUCGUUUGUGUUUGGUUUUCGUUUCAAGACUUGCCGGCUAUACUUAUAUUUUCAAGAUUUAUUUGAGAAUGUCUGCUUUUGCGGGUUUCCCAGACUUGCCGGGUCCUGAUGAAGUAUCUUUCUGCAAAAUAAAUGAAGUAUUUUGCUGUGGAAAUGCUCAGUAUGGAGACAUUUCAACAUUCACAAAUUCGAUCAAGAAACACCCAAAAAUCAAUGUGACAAGAGAUUUGCACCACCACCGCGUCACCGACGAGAACAUAUCCAUGUACAUUGACGUAGAGGACAAUUUACUCAAGAAAAUCACCAGUGUGUGGUACAAACAGGGGUUCCUAGAAGCGCUGACUGUAGCUGCCGAUACCGCUGUCAACAGAGAAAGCCCUACUCUAGCUGUGGCCGCAUCCUAUGUCUUGAAAGUGGCCAAUGCCUUUUCCGCUCUAAGAUACUUCAUGCAACCGCAUCUGAAAGAUAUUGGGCCCAAAAUUGUGUCAAAUUACUCACGAACUAGGAGUUGGGGUAAUGCUCCAAUUAAAUGUAUGGCAUGGCAUCCGCAUACUACAAAAAUUGCCAUUGCUUCAUCAGAUGACAAUGUCAGAGUGUACUGCUCGGAAGCAUCUUUCAUCUCUACCCUGAAAUGUAAAGCACAAGGCCAUGUUUCCUCGUUAAGUUGGAGACCAUAUUCAGCUUCAGAAAUUGCAGUUGGAUGUGAACAAGGUGUUAUUGUGUGGACCGUGGAUCCUAAUUCUAUGUUCACUAAACCAUCAUCUAGCAAUGCCAUUGUCUUGAAAAGGUCUGGCCACAGUCCAGUGACAGACGUGAGCUGGUCUCCCAACGGUGACAUGCUGAUCAGCUGUUCCGGUGCUGACACAUCCAUGCUUGUGUGGGACGUCUCCAUGGAGAAUGCUAUCCCAAUGCGGAGGGUUGCUGGCGGAGGCAUUGUCUUCGCCCGCUGGUCGUGGGAUGCUAGCAAGGUUUUUGCUGCCACCUCUUCAAUUAUAUUUAGAGUAUGGGAGACCCAGUCGUGGACGCCGGAGCGAUGGUGCGCGCGCGGCGGGCGCGUGGUGGCCGCGUGCUGGGGACCCGAUGAUGUGGUGCUGUUCGCAGCUAAAGGAGAGCCUAUGGUGUACGCGCUGAGUAAUGCUGGCCUGUUGAGCGGCACACAAACAAACAAAGCGCAGCCAGUCCUAGACGUGUCCAAGGUGGAACUCCCAAGCGGGUAUCCAGUUGGCGGACCAGUCCAGGACAUGUCCUGGGACCCGACUGGCCGCUAUCUGGCGCUGCUGUUCGAAGAGUCCCCUCUGGUGGCCGUGUUCAGUACUACGAUGUUGAUGCGCCAGCUCAAGAUUACUCCUUGCUGUUUCAUCAACGGCGUAGACGACGAGCUGCCUCUCACGAUGGCGUUCCAACAGAAUUUCCCCGACGGAGCCUGCCUCACCGUGGCGUGGACCAGCGGCCGCGUACAGCACUUCCCCGUCAUCUAUACCGACUCGUUUUAGAUAGCGUGAGUUUACUUUUGUUGUAAAUAUAGUGGAGAGCAAUGAAAAAGUCCCACUCACAAAAUGCAGACGCUUCGGCCAAAACCACAAUUUAAAAAAAAAAACAAUUUUGAACACAAUAUGACGACCGGAUGGUGCAGCGGUUAGCAACGCUGACUCUUGUGCCGAAGGUCCCGGGUUCGAUUCCCGGCCGGGACAGAUAUUUGCUUAAACACAGAUAUUUGUUCUCGGGUCGUGCUCGGGAUGUGCCCGUAAAAUGGCAAUAGGCCCGCCCCCUAUUACAUUGGA